AUGCCUCCGAGACGCAACCAAGGGCGUAAUUUUGAUGAUAGGCGGGAAGAUACUCCCCCGCCACCACCGCAACCCGAGAGGAGAAUCGAAGAACUUUUUCUUCGACAAAAUCCACCCGAAUUUAGUGGAACUGGAAAUCCACAAGAGGCGGAGGACUGGGUUAGAGCCUUGGAGAGGAUCUUUAAGUUCCUCAGGUGUAAUGAUCAGGAAAGGAUGUUGUGCAUGUCCUUCCAGUUAACCGGAUCAGCCGACUACUGGUGGGAAGCACGACAGAAGACCCUGACACCCGAGCAAAUAGAGAACUACACCUGGGAACAAUUUAAGACUACGCUUUUCGAGAAGUACAUGCCGAGGAGUUAUCGCAAGCAGCGAGAAGCUGAAUUUGCGAAUCUGAAGCAAGGGAAGAAAUCGGUUGCAGAGUAUGACCGAGAAUUCUGUGACUUAUCACGUUUUGCUCCACAGAAGGUGGACACUGAUGAGAAGAUGUCUGAGCUUUUCUGCGCCGGUUUGAGGCAGGACAUUAGGGUAGUAUUGGCAAGUCAGGCCGCACUAUCAUACACUGAGGCAUUGAAUCGAGCCUUAGAUAUGGAGUUGGCUAUGCAGCCAGAGAAAGUACUGCAAGCACCUGCACUGCCGCUAACUCAGACGAAAAUCCCUGGAGGACAACAGAAAGCGCCUCCAGCACAGAGUGGGAAGAGAAAAUGGGAGGACAGAGGACAAGGCAAUAGAAAGCCGUGGCAAGGACAAGGCCAACAACAACAGGGUAAACAACAAUACCCUGGACAGUCAUCAGGACAACAGAGGACGCCGCCGUGUGCCAAGUACAACAAGAUGCACUUGGGGGUUUGCAAAGAUGGACUAAAUGUAUGCUACAACUGUGGACAAGCUGGUCAUUACUCGUCGCACUGCCCGAGUAAACAACAAGAAAUGGCAAGAGGGAAGCCGGAUGCGAGUUCGGCUCAGCCCUUGAGAGCCAUUAUGGGGUAUCCGCAACCGCCCCAACAACAGCGCCAGCCGCAAGGUCCACAGAAAUAG